UUCCAUUCCAUCCAAAUGGAUUCAGCAACAACAGCUCCACCCUCACCGGAGCUCCACUUCGACAACCUCAAAGCCCUCAAAAUCCUCGGAAAAGGCGCCAUGGGCACCGUCUUCCUCGUCCACCACACCGCCGCCGCCGCCACCACCCCCUUCGCCCUGAAAGUCGUCGACAAAACCUCCCUUCACGCCAAACUCGACGCCGAACGCCGCGCCCGCUGGGAAAUCCAAGUUCUCUCCACACUCUCACACCCGUUCCUCCCUUCCCUUUUGGGAACCUUCGAUUCCCCAGAGUUACUCGCAUGGGCCAUCCCUUACUGCCCCGGCGGCGACCUCAAUGUCCUCCGUUACCGUCAAAACGACCGUGUUUUCUCUCCCUCCGUUAUUCGCUUCUACCUCGCCGAAAUCCUAUGCGCUCUCGACCACCUUCAUGCCAUGGGCAUCGCUUACCGCGACUUAAAACCCGAAAAUGUCCUCAUUCAAAAUUCUGGCCACGUCACCCUCACCGACUUCGACCUAUCUCGCAAACUCGCUCCCAAAUCCCUCAAAACCGUCCCUUCCCCAAUCCCUUUGCCAGAUUCGAAGCUUCCAGAACCUCGCCGGAAGCACCGCCGGAAUUUCUCCCGGUGGAUCCCCCUCCUCCCGCCCGACGUUCCUAAUUUCAAUAAGAGCGGAUUGAAGAAGGCUAAUUCCGCCCGAGUCAGCCCCGUGAGUCGACGAAAACUUAGUUUCUCCGACGGCGAACGGUCCAACUCGUUCGUCGGCACGGAGGAGUAUGUUUCGCCGGAGGUUGUUCGCGGCGACGGUCACGAGUUCGCUGUUGACUGGUGGGCCCUGGGGAUUCUCACCUACGAAAUGCUAUACGGUACGACGCCGUUUAAGGGGAAGAACCGCAAGGAAACGUUCCGGAAUGUGCUCACGAAACCGCCGGGCUUCGUCGGGAAGAGGUCGGCGUUGACGGACCUGAUCGAGAAGUUGUUGGAGAAGGAUCCGAAGAAGCGUUUGGGUUAUGGGCGUGGCGCUAAUGAGAUCAAGGAGCACGAAUUCUUCAGAGGGGUUCAGUGGGACCUGUUGACUGAGGUGGUGCGGCCGCCGUUCAUUCCGGCGAGAGAGGACGGCACCGAGGAUAUGCCUUCGGCAGGAAAUGGCGGCGUGGAUAUUAGGGAUUACUUCCAGAGCUUGGCGCCUCCGCCGUCGUUGCCGCCGUCGCCGUCGCCGCCAACGUCUUGCAAUUUUAAGAAGAACGUUUCUCUAACAGAAUUCUAACGCAUGUGCGAGUGCAUGCUUGCACGUGUAAAAGUUAGUUAUUCUUUUUAGCAAUACUGUAAUUUUGUGUACAUAGAAUAACGGUAGAUCGUGAAAAAACGGGAUUAGCAAUGUUAGUUGGUGUAAACUAGGAAUAUAUAAGGUGUAAGAGCUGUAGAAUUAAAACCAUUGUUUAUGAACCCUUUUUGAUAUAUUCUCCAGUUUUUUCCUAUGAGAUGCUUAACCUUGAAUAAACAGCUCUUAGCUUUAUAAAAUUAGCUCAAUAGUAAAAGGUACAACAAUUAUCGCAGGUAAAAUAUGCAGUUUUCUUUUUUUCAAAAAGGAAAAGCUAAUUAUGUAAUUGUAUAAACUAAUUAACUCAUUUCUUUAUUGCACGUACGUAAUGAAUGUUUUGAAUGUUGGGUUUGUAGCAUUUGAUCAGGGAAUCAAUCUUGUUCAAAAAUUGACAUCAUUAUUAUGGUUUUGGACGGAAAGAAAGUAGUCAUAAAAUUGAAGGGUUUAACUGUGAUGUUCAAGGUGCAUUGAGUGCGAAUUAUUCGAAAUCAUAGCUGUUUAACAAAUUUUCCCCGUGUAAAGUCUAUGUUAUCUUUAUUAAAUUAUCUCUCUCUUUUUUUUUUCAUUUGGAUAUUCAGGUUUCAGGGGGGAGUCAUCUGAUGCCCAAUCGGAUUAUCAGUAUACAUUGUUACAAUUGUAAAGCACUGGCGGUAUCUCUCUUCUCACGAGAAAGAAUUAGCAUCAUCUUGUUGGAACGAAAGAUAAAGCAAUGUAAUAAUCAUUAAUCAACACUCUUAAUUAGGGGAAUAGUAGUGAUUAAUUAUUUUCCAAUUAACCAAACCUUUGUACUAACGAUCAAAUGAUAUGU